UGCUAUGCGACCGUCGAGCUUCUUGCUUUCUCUCUCACCUUCAAUACUGUGUCGACUUCUUUCCUCCAAGGUAGUAGGUCGAUGUCGUGCAUCAACAAACAUCCUUCCCAGAUUUCGUCCCAUCCUUUGAGCGGGCACCCCGCAUUCUCUGGGGACCGUUGGGGACCGUCAGGUUGACCAAACACCACCGCCGUAUGUGUAGUCCGUCUCCCUCUCCCUCAGAUAACAGAACAGCCAUGAUCCUCGUAAUACCUGCCCCCCCCCCCCCCACGUUGACCACUAAAGCCCAUACCACCACUGACGGCACUCGAGUCUCGAAAAUAAGACGAGGAAUGGAGAGAAUGGAAAGCAAGAGCACGCAACUCUGAACCCCCCCAACCCCCCUCCCCUGCGAGCGAGUGAAAGAGACAGGGAGAUAAAGAAAGAGAGAGGCUGUUCACUGGCCCGCAAAAUAAAGCCGAUUCCAUAUCAUUUCCCCCAUCCGUGAUUGACCCCUCCCCAUGUUUACGUAGAGCGGCAAGCAACAAGACAGCCAAACGAGAAAAAAACAAAAACAACAUCAAAACAUCAACAAAAACACACAAAAACCGCCCACACCCUCGGCUCUUGCUACUCACUUGUUCUCUCGGUGCCGUCGGCCGUACUUUUUCUCUUCCCCUUCCAAAACAGCUUUCAAUAGCUUCCACGGCCUAUUCUUAGCAUCUUUCGCUUCUCAGAGUCCGGUCUUCUCCAUCCGCCCCAACGCUUCCUCCCGCUUACCAAAACAGCACCAUCACUGUUACACCACCACCAUAAACCAGCCACGCGCACCCCCCCUCCAUCGGUCGAUCACUGACCUCGUGGUUGCCUGCGUUUUCAAAUUGACGCCGGCGUGACUACUUGCGCUUAGACCCACGCAUAUCCUAAAUAGCCGUCGCGAUUGGGAGAGGAAGAAGCAGUAGAAGGAGAGGAAGAAAAGCAAGAAAAAAACUCAAGAAAGAUCCGCCCGCACAAAGAAAAAGGCUGUUUAUUGUCUGUUGUCCAUGUACAGGGGUACUUCGCCGACGUACCCUACGUACCUUUUGGGUCCCCGACCACCAAGCCCGUCAUCUUACCUCGACCCCGGAACCACAUUAUCGCAAAGACAUACACGUCCCUCUCUCUCUCUCUCUCUCUCUGUGUGUGUGUCUUCCCCCACCGUCGAGGAUUAGCACGAAAGCCACUCCCGCUCCGAGUGUGCUCCUCCCUCUCCCCCAUUUUCUCCAACAAAAUCCCAUUCUCACCAACAUUCCUUUUCCCCUUAUCUCCCUCACCGAAUUCCAAAAGAGAAAAAAAAUAGAGCCCACCCCCCCUGCAGGUUACCACCGCCCACCUCAGCCGCAUCACCACCGGAACCCUCGAAACGACCGAAACCUGUCCGACCGAACCCCCCCCUCCCGAUUGACCGACCACCCCGGAGAGGAAGCGCAGCUCGCGCUCUCUUCUCUCUUCUCCCAUCAAUCCCCCCCUGAGAAAGAGAAAGAGAGAGAGCAGGGAAAAGAGGAAAAGAGGAAGAAGGAGGGAGACGCCAAGGCACAGACGAAGAAUGUCGUCUCUCGAGGCCAAGAUCGUUGUCCUCGGCUCCCAGAAUGUCGGCAAGACGAGCCUGGUCAUGCGUUACUGCAAAGGCUCCUUCAACCCGGCCCAGACCACGUCAACCGUCGGCGCGAGCUUCAUGACCAAGCGCGUCGUCGAUACAGACACGGACACCGUCGUGCGCCUGCAAAUCUGGGAUACCGCCGGUCAAGAACGUUUCCGCUCCAUCUCCCGCCUCUACUACCGCGGCGCCAACGCCUGCAUCCUCUGUUACUCCAUCACCGACGCCCAGUCCUUCACUGAGAUGGGCGUCUGGCUUACCGAGCUCCGCCGCAACCUCCCCGGCGACGUCGUCCUGCACGUCGUCGGCACCAAAGCAGACAUCGUCGCCCGCGAUCCAUCGCGCCGCGAGGUCCCUUUCGAGCGCUGUAUAGCCUACGUCGCCGAGAACCUCGCCCCCGGCCUGGCCUCAACCCCGCCGCCCACCGCCACCCCCAGCGGUAUGCCAUCUAUCCUCUCCUCCUCCGACCCGCGCCAGUCGUCAUCCCAGGUUCACCAGAGCACGAGCACCUUCGGUGGCGGCGGCGGCGAGCCGCGGAGCCCGAGCUCCAAGAGGUCGUCCGGCUUCUGGGGCCAAGAGGUCGGAUGGGACGCGUGCCACGAGAUCAGCGCCGAGAGCGGCGAGGGCGUUGAGGAGGUUUUCCGCGUCGUGACGAGGAAGCUGGUCGAGCAGAACCGCAAGAUGCAGCAGGCCCUGCUCUUGGCUACGGCCACGCCAGGCACCCCGGGCUACGAGACCGGUAUGGACGGCGGCUAUUUUGACGGCAUGAACCCGCGCGGCAGCUUCCGCGUCGGUCGCGACAGGCGGAGCUGGCUAUUCUCACCAAACUUCUCGCCUGCUGUCACGGUCGAGCAGGGCGGCACGGAGCAGGAUGCCGACGAGGCCGCCGCCAAGGCGAGGAGGAAGUGCUGUUAAGAGCUUGAUAGCACCACGAGACAGCCUUGUCCUUCCCAGUCCCAACGCAGGUGACUCGGGAACAGGGAAUUACGUUUCCCCAUCUUCAGCAUAAAACAUCAGGAAGAGAAACAGAAAGAGAGAGAAAAGGAGGCGGGGGAGAAAGAAGAAGAAAGAGGAGGAAAAGAGGUCGUGGAUUAUUGGCAGGAAGGAAACUUCACCAACAUCUUCUUUUGCAUCCGACAUGGCAUAUGAGCAGACGGAACUGAUGGAUGCGAGAUUUUUUCUCGCCUUCUUUUUCUUCGAACAAUUUCUUCGAAACGACCGAUGGGAUACCCCGACGAACAACGAUCAAGCACAUGUUUUCACUUUUGCGCCCUCUUCCCUCUUUACAGCUGGACACGCAGUUGGAAAGAGAGGGAAAAAAGGGAGGAGGGGCCACACGACUACGACAACAGCAGAUCCGGACUGGCACCGAGACACCUAAUCAACCAACACCUAUCGACGAACACGGAACACGAGCAUGAAACACGAACGGGGUUUUUGUUUUUUUGUUUUUUUGUUUUUGGUUGGAAAGAAGGAAAGCAGGCGGGAGAGGGGAGCCAAGUAAGCAUUGGUGCGAGGCGUUUUUCGGGAGAAAUUUCAGUUACAGACAGGGCAUGCUCCUUCCCCCGCUCACCUGGGGUUCACGGCACAUGGAGAGGAUUUAUGUUUUGCUUUUGGCGGGUUUGGCCUGGGGUUGUUCUUUCACACACAGGCACACACACACACAGACACACACACACACACACACACACACAUACACACACACACACACACACACACACACACAGACACACACACACACACACACACACACACACACACACACACACACACACACACACACACACACACACACACACACACACACACACACACACACAAUAUAUAUAUAUAUAUACAUUCAUGUUCGCACGCAU